CCCCUCCCUGGAUGCAGUUAUGUGAGAGUUGUGUUCAGCGGUGUCUUUACAGCUUCCUAGGCUCCUUAUAACGGAACAUGGGGGCUCAGAAAGUCCCGAAAGCCUCCAGGGUGCCUGACUUAUUCCAGCAUGAGGGGGCGCUGGAGCUGCUUGUCUUCAACUUCUUGCUCAUUCUGACUAUCAUGACUAUUUGGCUGUUCAAGAACCGCAGGGUUAGGUUCCUGCACGAAACUGGAGGUGCCAUGGUCUAUGGUUUAGUAAUGGGACUAAUAAUACGCUAUGCAGUAAAAUCCUAUGAUGUGGACAGUGGGUCAGUGUAUGGCUGUGAUCAGCUGAACAGUAAUGCUCCAGUGCUCCUCAUUAAUGUUACAGAUCAUGUCUAUGCCUAUGAGUACAGAGGUGAAGUCAGCAAGAGUAAUGUCAACAAUCACCAGGGAAAUUCUAUACUACAAAAGAUGACGUUUGACCCAGAAGUUUUCUUCAACGUACUACUACCGCCUAUCAUUUUCCAUGCUGGAUACAGCUUGAAGAAGAGGCAUUUCUUCAGAAAUCUGGGCUCUAUCUUGACCUAUGCAUUUUUAGGAACUGCAAUCUCUUGCGUUGUGAUUGGGUUGAUAAUGUAUGGUUUUGUUAAAGCGAUGAUGCAGCUGGGACAGAUACAGAAGGGUGACUUCCACUUCACAGACUGCUUAUUUUUCGGUUCUCUGAUGUCAGCCACUGAUCCAGUGACUGUGCUGGCUAUUUUUCAUGAAUUACAUGUGGAUACCGAUCUGUACACCCUGCUGUUUGGAGAAAGUGUCUUAAAUGAUGCUGUAGCCAUUGUCCUCACAUAUUCCAUAUCAAUAUACAGCCCAAAGGAGAAUCCAAAUAUAUUUGAUGCAGCUGCUUUUUUUCAAUGUGUGGGCAAUUUCCUUGGAAUCUUUGCAGGCUCUUUUGCAAUGGGUUCAGCCUUUGCUGUCGUCACAGCCUUAUUGACGAAAUUUACAAAGCUGUGUGAGUUUCCUAUGCUGGAGACUGGGCUGUUUUUCCUCCUCUCGUGGAGUGCUUUCUUAUCCGCAGAAGCAGCAGGACUCACAGGUAUUGUUGCCGUUCUGUUUUGUGGAGUGACUCAAGCCCAUUAUACAUACAACAACCUAUCUGAUGAAUCCAGGUUAAGAACGAAACAACUUUUUGAAUUCAUGAAUUUUUUGGCUGAAAAUUUCAUCUUCUGUUAUAUGGGACUAGCACUAUUUACAUUCCAGAAUCAUAUGUUCAACGCAUUGUUCAUCUGCGGAGCACUUAUAUCAAUUUUUGUGGCAAGAGCAUGUAAUAUAUAUCCUCUUAGUUUUUUCCUGAACUUGGGCAGAAGAAAAGGAAUUCCAAGGAAUUUUCAACACAUGAUGAUGUUUUCAGGUUUGCGUGGUGCAAUAGCCUUUGCCCUGGCUAUAAGAGACACAGAUUCACAACCAAAACAAAUGAUGUUUACUACAACACUACUAGUUGUAUUUUUCACAGUGUGGAUCUUUGGAGGAGGCACAACACCAAUGCUGACAUGGCUUCAAAUCAGGGUAGAUGUGGAUCCAGAUCAAGAUUUAAAAGAAAAUGCAGCAAAUCAGAGGACAGAAAAUCAGAAUGGAAGCUCAACCAAGGCAGAAAGUGCUUGGCUCUUCAGGAUAUGGUAUGGCUUUGAUCACAAAUACCUAAAACCAAUUCUGACGCACACUGGACCUCCUCUUACAAGCACAUUACCAGAAUGGUGCAGUCCUAUCGCUCGGCUACUUACUAGUCCCAAAGCUUAUGGGGAAAAGCUAAAAGAUGAUGACAUGGACUGCAUAGUAAGCCAUGAUGAAUUGACCACCAACUACGAGGAACCCGUGUCAACAGCAAGCCAGCCGAGAGAAAUGAGAGUCCCAAUACAGAGAGAGGGCAGAGAGAAUGUGUAUGAAGGUGACCUUGGACUGGGAAGUUAUGACUUCAGCCUUGAUAAUACAUCACAUAUCUCACCAUUAGGCUCUGAUGACAGAACUGCACAUGUGUAACUGACUUGCAUUUUUAGGAGCCAACAGUUUUCUUAUGAAAGGUGCAUUUACUGUUGGAUUAGAUAUUUUUUACACCUGCAUUAUUAAGGGAAACUAGGUAAGUUAUACCUAGUGCAAAAUAUGACCAAAUUUAUUCUUUCAAAAAGUGACACGAUAUUAAUUUUGUAAUCAAUGAUAUAUAGCUAUGACCGAUCUUUGUUCUUUCGCCCUGUGCUUGUUGGAUAUUAUUAUGUGGAUGUUAAACUACACAGAGCUGACACCUUGGCAAAAUACCCUAAAGCCAUGUCAGGCUCUUCCCCUCACUUUGAGCUGCCAGCUGAGUUGACAGCAGGUUCUAAUUGCUCCCUGCAGCCAGAAGCAGGAGUUUAUAAACAAUGAUCUCUACUCAGCUGAAUGGAAAAUGACAUUCCCCAUUAAAAACAUAUAUAAAUAUCUGUGGUGUUAGCACCCCGGGGAAAAUAAAGUGUCACAAGUUAACAGGUGUUACCAAAACACUUCAUACCUGUAAAAUACCAACAGAAGGUUUCCAUUGCCGUUAUACAAAGAAGAAUUAAUCUAUAGUAAUAAGUCAAAUUAACUGGCAUUCUUAAUUUAGAAUGACAUGUACAAAGAUCUUUCUGGAGUUAAAUGCCCUGGAAUCUUGCUCCAUUCAGCAUAAUCUGAUGCCUCAUGGAGGAAACAUCGUCAAGGGAAAAAAGAAUACAGCAAGUCCAACUGAUAUGACUUAUUGCUAUAGAUAUACCAUGACCUGGAUGAAUGAGAACCUUCAUAGACAAAGAAGAAGGCAUUUUCAGCCAUAAUUUGGUUCUGCAGAGCAGACCUCAUACAUACUCCCUAGACUGUGCUAAUAACUGCCAGUAUACAGAUUGGGAAAAUAUAUAAAAAGCAAUUUGAAACUCAGGUAAAACAGAGGUAAUUAUUUUGUAGGUUCCUUUGUCUGGAUAUAUAGGUUAAUGCUGGAUGCAUUAGUUGCCACAAAGUAGUUUAAUUGUGAUUUCUUUCAGGUAGACAGUGAUCCUGUUAAUGGGGUUGGAUCCCUAGCACUUUACUGAGCACCCAGCAGUUAACUAACAUAUAAUAAAUAAAUGUAGCUGUGUUGUGUGAGUGUCCUGUCCUCCAGUAAUGCUUAUUCACAUAGUCAAUGCAUAAGCAAAACCGUUACACGUGGGGGCAGGUUUAUAGAAGGCUUAGACGCUGAAAAGUAACCUUCUAAGAUAGUCGAUAAAAAAGAUGUUGGUUUGGGGGGUAAAAUACUCUUUAAUAAACAUGUUCCUUGUACCCCUCAAUCAAAAUUUCCCUGCCUACGUACAUCACUUAGGGAGACAUUUACACCUUAGCAAUUUAUUAAGCUAUAUAUCAAGAACAUCAGCAAUAUUUUCCUUGGCAAAGUAUAAUAUAUUAAAAUAUUUCUGUUCCCUUGUUUUUGGUUGGUGUCACACCAGGGGACUUUACCCUCCAUCAUUAGCUCAACUACUGUCUUGCUGGCUUCAUAUUCACUGGAGGGCAGCAUUGCUGUAGGUUGGGUAGGCAAUCCCCUGCACUUUCCCUUAUCAUUCAUUUUGAUUGGUUCCUGCCUCUUUAGGCAAGUACCUUUUAGUCUAUUGUGACCAAGUGGUGUAAAUCACAUUGUCCCCAAGUCAUAUUUUAUGGCCAGAAUCAUUAGCCAUGCUGGUAUAGUGAGAUUAUCAAGGACAUAACUAAGUAAACAUUUUCUUAUGUGGCCUUGUUCCUCUAUUUGUUUACGUAAGAAAAAAAGUUUUUAGUUUUAGCAAAUAUUUAUUUAUUGUCCCAAAAGCUGGUUCUGAACAAGAUUUUUUCCUAAGUGGCCACUGCAAUGGAUACUGUCCCAUAUUCUUCUGUUGUGUAUCCCUUAUAUACAUCUGCUAACACUUCAUAAUGCCCACACAGCACAUUAUUGGGUGGCCUCGGACUGAAAACUGCUGCUCCAAAAAAAAUGAAUUUAUUGUUGCUCUUUAGGAGCAUUUCUGUAAUGGGGAAAGAAAGGUCUAAAUAAUAGGCUAGUCAGUUCUACUAUAGUUAUACCAAUUGCACUUUGCUUUAACCUGGAAAAUGCUUUCUGCAUUUUGAUAUUAAGAUCUAUUUUUUUUUACUCAAUAUUAGUUCAAUGAAUUGUGACCUUCAGGGAAAACCCAUUCCAUCCAGUUAAUGAUUUGGACAAUAACUUUUUAAAGUUAAUGUAUAAGUUGAAGAUGAGUUUUGAAGAAGCUUGAACUGAAAUCUUAAUUCCAAAACCAGCUCACUGUCAGUGGAACAUAAAGUAAAAAAAAAAACUAUUCCUUCAAUAUAAAAAACAUUAAAACGGUCACGGUUUUCAGUAUACAGAUGCAGGUUAUCAUCAAAGCACAAUAAAUGCCUUGGGUCGUGUUUGUUUUGAUGUUUGAUACAGAAGAUUUGUUAGCUAAUUAUUUGGAGAGAAAACAGAGCUAAACUGAUGGUAUUAUGAAAUAACAAAGGUAAUGAAAAAAGCAGUAUGGCAACUCCCAGCAACUCCCAGAUCCUGGUUCUACAAUGAUCCCAAAAGGACUCUUCCAAAUUUAGAACAAAGCAAUCCUGCACAACAUGCUUCAUUUUGGGUAAGGAUGUAUGACAUUAUGGAAGGCAUUGCUCAGUUAUGUGUUUCCUAUGUAUCACAGGUCCCUGGCAUAGGGCUGGGGUAUGUGUCUUUAUAUCAUUUUUUUUUUAAAAAUCUACCUUGCAUAAUGUUAUACCUCCAUAUAUAAUUAAAGGCAUUACGUUUGUCCAGGUGCAGUAACCCAUAGCAACCAAUGAGAUGUUUGCUUUAAAACAGGUGACCAGUACAGUCUAUGUGCUUAUUGGUUGCUAUAAGUUACUGCUCCUGGGCAAACUUACUGCUUCUUAUUACAUAACCUUCAUAACGAGUGAAGAAUAAUCCACCUUACUUGCAGUAAAUGCUGCUGCUAAAUUUAGGAUAUAUAUUUAGGUAUCUAAUAGAGACUGAUGACUGAUCACUUGCCCGCAGCUGAUGGGUCCCACUAACAGCAUCACUGAAUUCCACAUUCCACAGAAUCCCAUAGUAUUAAGUGUCCCAGUAAAAUGUUUGCUAAAUUACAGAUUAGUAAAUUAAAUAAUAACAUUUGCAUUGCAACCCAUUUCAGAAGGCAAUGAUGUAACUACAAGCAAACUAAUAUUUUUUUAAUGAUAGGUUGCCCCUUACUUAUCAAAAAUAUCUUGUUGCAGAGGAAAAGCUGUCCUGACACAGAAGCUGCCUGUUUACAUUGCGGAUUUAACAAAGUGUGAAAUUAGAAAAAUGAACCCACUCUCUAUUUAUUAUUGAAUGAAAGAAAGUGGCUGAAUGUU